AUGGCGGUCGCGUUUCUUCUUGCUGAUCAAGAAAAUCGGCGGGCGAGACGCCGAGAACGCAUUUUUCGGGAUCGAAUGCAACCACUGGAUUACUAUGACGAUGUGGAUUUGAUGAAACGUUAUCGGAUGCCUAGACACGUGCUGACUGAAGUCAUAGACUUGAUUCGUGCUGACGUUGAACACCCUACUCAACGAUCGCAUGCCAUCCCUGCUACCUUGCAGAUUCUCACUGCUAUACGGUUUUUUGCGACUGGUUCCUUUCAGUUAGCAACAGCUGACAUGUGCGGUAGCAUCAGCCAACCAUCCACUUCCAGGAUUGUGACAAGGGUAGCCACCGCACUUCAGAGGAUUUCGCCAAAUAUCAUUGCAUUUCCACGGGAACGAGAAAGAAGGAACCUUAUUAAGGAGGGCUUUUAUAAUGAGCGCCGUAGAAUACCCAGCGUUCUGGGAUGUCUAGAUGGAUCCCUUGUUCAGAUCAAACGGCCGUCCCAAGAUGAAGCUGCAUACGUAUGUCGACACAAUUACCAUGCAAUUAACGUUCAGGGAGUCUGCUCACAUGACAAAAAGUUCACGAAUAUUAUGGCGCAGUGGCCAGGCUCCACACAUGAUUCAUUCAUGUGGACACAUUCGCACCUUAACAGGGAGCUGGCAAAUGACCCUCAUCGUGACGGACAUCUUCUGGGCGACUCUGCAUACCCUUUGCGCCCAUGGGUACUCACGCCUAUACAGAAUCCCGCGGAUGAUGCAGAAAGACAGUACAAAAUCCACCAUAGAAGGAUUAGACAGGCAAUCGAAGGUACUUUCGGCCGAUGGAAGGUCAGAUGGCAGUGUUUGCACGCAGAAGGAGGAAUCCUCAAACUCCGCCCUGAGCGGUGCUGCAGGGUAAUCAUCGCAACUGCAGUGCUUCACAACAUCUGCGAGGAGCAUGGUAUACCACUUCCACCUGGUGUACAGCCCAUGAUUGGAAACAAUCCAGACCUAGACGAUAAUCGUCCUGUCAUGGCUGAUGAUGCCGAUGGGACCGUUGCUCGAGCAAGGAUAAUAAGAGAGCAUUUCUGGAACUAA